AUGGCGUUGAGCGUGUACUGCGACAUGAACCACGGAGGAGGGUGGACCGUCUUCCAGAGGAGGAGAGACGGCAAAGAGAGCUUCGACAGAGCGUGGGUGGAGUACAAGCAUGGAUUCGGAGACCUCUUCUCUCCUGCUGGAGAGUUCUGGUUGGGCAAUGAACCCCUGCACCAUCUGACAUCACAAGGGAACUAUGACCUGCGCAUCAACAUGGAGGACUUUGAGGGGAACGAGCGCUACGCUGAGUACAAGAGCUUCAAGGUGGACGGCGAACAGGACCAGUACCAGUUACAUCUGGGCGAGUUCACUGGGAACGCUGGCGACGCUCUGACCGACGCCCACGGGGCGGGACUGGCCAGUCCAUGUGCAGACGGGGUGAAGUUCAGCACCUACGACCGGCCGAGCUGCAUCGACGCCGACGUUCAGUGCGUCAGACACAGCAAGUCGGGCUGGUGGUUCAGCAGGUCCAUGACGGACGACGGCGUGGUGUGGUACACGUGGCACGGCUGGGCCUACUCCAUCAAGUCUGUCGUCAUGAUGAUUCGAGCGUCCGACCUCGAAGCGCCGCCGCCUCCAGCGGACGUUUACCUGCCAGGCGGUCCUGACGUGGUCCCGGCGGCGGGCCGAGGCGCUCCGUGAAGCUGAGGUCACUUUGAUGCUGUGAAAUAAAGUCAGAGCG